AUGGCUUCUCUCCGUGUCCACGACUCGCGACCUCGCACCCGAUCCAAGUCCCCCAGUGGACGGAUUCGGGAACACUCGCGCAGUAGAGAGACUCGGGCACCGUCACCUCCGAGAGAAAAGACUGGACGAUCCUCCAAAAAGUACUAUCAUCCUGACUCGGAGGAGGAGACCCUGUAUGCUAGCUCACGGUCCAGCAGAAAGUAUUAUGGCUACCAUGCUGAAGAUGACAAAUAUCGACGCUCUGAGAAGCCUAAUCGGCAGUAUCAACCACAUCCACAGCCACAGCCUCCUGGCUACUAUAUGUCAGACGAAGAAGAAGGGCCACGGAAACGCACCAGCACAGCAGAACCUCCAAAAUCUUACAAAUACCGUUACGACUCAGAUCGUGACCGGCAACACUCAAGAACCCAGAGUUCAAACCCUUCAAAGUACGAGUCGUAUUCGGACGAUUCCGUCACCGAUUCGGAGGACGAUGCAUUGGCCUACGGAGAUGGACCUUAUACCCCCUCUGCUCCUAGUUACGAACGUCUGCGGGAAAAAUAUACAUCUUCUGCAAAACAACCUGAUUCAGGUUCAACUGGGGGUUCGCUCAAAUAUGGCCGUGCCUUAGCUAAACUUCGUGGAGAAGAGUCCCCCAACCAUCCCUCUCGCCGCGAUUACGAUUCAAGAGAGCAUCCAAGCUAUGCGAAACCUGAAACUUACCGCUAUGCACAACCCUCUGAACUUCGCCAAAAUCACCCAGAUGACCCUGGAGCGAGACAGUAUGGGAGCAAACAUCAAAACCCGGUUGAUUGGGCGGAAGUUCCAGAAUGCGAACGCCCCGGGUUUGUGCCUCCACCUGAGUUCAACAAUCCUGUCACAUCUGCGCAACGCCCUAUGCCAAUUCCUGCCACUACUUAUUCGACGGUCGAUCCGUCCCAUGUACCACACGCCCCAAUCCCUCCGAAUCAGUAUCCGUCAACAUCUCACGCUGGAUAUAACGCACAACAAUAUGCCAAUAUGCCAAUACCGCGAUCGAGUGGGGCCGGGCCACUCCCUACAGCAACUAUACCAACCGAUUCUGGUCAUCAGCGCCAAUACUCGACGGAGGAAGCUCCAGACCCGCACCAAUAUUAUGCCCAGCCAGCCCAAUUCCAAUAUGCGCAGCCUGACCACAAUAUCAAAUACGUCUCAAAGUCCACCAAGCCAUACACACAGAGCUCUAAAAACCAAUUCGUCAAACCAUACUCCCAAGUUCCUGAUCCAACAUAUGUUGAAAUUAAACCGAAGAAAUCGGCCGAACGCCCGCACGGCUUGUCCAUUUCCACUUCCAAUGGUCAUAUGGCUCUACCCGGUAGCUUUCCGGAUGCAAGUCGACCUCCUGCCAGCCCACUUCUCGAGGCUUAUAAAGGCACAUAUCAGAGCAUCUCGCCCAUGCCAUGGCCAACAUCCGUUCCUUCGUAUUUGGAUGAAGGCUUAUCAGAUCUGGAGCCGUUAGAUAGUGGCGCAAUCUCAGGCUCGGAGUUAGGCAGAUCCAGGAAAAGUAAAUCCACGAAGGACGACGACAGCAGCAAGACAAAGAGCAAGUCGUCAAUGCUGGGUGCGGACAUAAAACUAAUUGCGCCUGCGAACGUCAAGAAGAAAGUAUCCUUCUACGAUCCGAAACCCGACGCGAAGGAAUUGAAAGCCUCCCUACGCCAUUCCCACGUAGACCCCAAACCUUUGAUAGAUGUUCUCCCGUAUCUUUCUUCGGACGAUCUACUCGCCCUCCGUACUGAAUAUAAAAAUAUCGCUAAAGUAGGCGGCAAGGGAAUCAAUAUAGCUAAACAAAUCAAGGUGCAAGUCCCAGGAAAUUUCGGCAAAGUUUGCUACGCGACAGCAUUAGGUAGGUGGGAAUCUGAGGCACACUGGGCCAAUUUCUGGUACCGAUCAAACUCGUUGCGCCGGGAGCUUCUCAUCGAGUCUCUUAUCGGCCGGACUAAUGCUGAAAUUCGCGAGAUUAAAAAGUGUUUCCGCGACAAGCGGUACGGAGAUGAUCUUGAAAAGUGCAUGAAAGCUGAGCUCAGGGCAGACAAGUUUCGCGCUGCGAUCCUGUUAGCGCUCGAAGAGCGGCGGCAAUCCAAUUCAGCCCCUCUCGACAAAACCCUUGUUCGCGACGACAUGCGCGAUCUCCACCGCGCUCUAAUUUCGCGAGAAGGGGGAGAGACGGCGAUGAUACAAAUUAUCAUCGUCAGGGGGGAUACGCAUCUCCGUGAGGUUUUGCAUGUUUAUGAAGAUACUUACCACAAAAACUUCGCGAAAGAAAUGAUAACCAAGUCACAAAAUUUAGUCGGCGAAACCCUUGUACAUGUUCUCAACGGAGCGCUUAAUCGCCCGAUGCGGGAUGCCCUCCUUCUCCACCAAGCAAUUUCAGAAUCAGGCACAGGUCGCGAACGUGCCGAGUUGCUGAUUUCGCGACUAGUCCGCAUGCACUGGGAGCCUAACCACCUUGAACAUGUCAAGUCAGAGUACAAAAGACGCUAUAAGCAAUCCGUUGAGGAUGCCAUCGACCGAGAGGUUAUCAACGGUGUCCACAAAGACUGGGCGGAGUUUUGUAUUGGGUUGGUCAAGAGCUCCAGAGUUCAUAUUGCUAACGGAACUGUGUAGUCUCGAAACAAUAUCGUUGGUUUAUUGUCAUUGUUAUGGUUAUGGUUAUGAUGAUUGCUUAUUGAUGACUCCUUGGGCCCUGGAUGACGGUUUUUAUAUUUUCGUAAUUUCAUCAAUCAGUUUGAGUCCCUAUCUAUUCUGUGUUAUUUCCGUUAUAUAUAUGUAUCUGAAUGUGUUGAAAUUUCACUGGGCAGUCUGUAAAAACCGCUGGCCACCUACGACCUUCUCCCCGGGAAUUUAUCCUAUAUCUGCGAUUUAGUCAGGUUAUAUAGCUUUGUCGUUCGGUUCAUUUUGCUUUCAUGCCACCAUACUUCGAAAUCAAAAAGGUAAAAAUUACUCUCUCCUGUGCCC